AUGGAGCACGGCAUGUCGCUGUUCCGCGCGUGGACCGCCGCGUACGGCCUCGGGGACGACCCGCGCUCUGCGCUGCCCCCUUCACCGCUCGCGCUCCCCGCGAAUGUUCCGCCUGCCCCGCACCUGGAGGACUGCGCGCAGGCGUCGUUCUACCGCUUCAUCGCGGAGGACCGGAGCGGAGGGGGAGGCGGAGGGGAAGGGGAGGGGGAUUUGCCGAAAUGGGCCGUGCAGCCCUCUUGCUCUACUCACAGCGCCACAGCCCUCCUGCCACAGUGCUGCUUUGAUCCGAACCGUGCCGCUCUGCACCGUGCUACACCGCACCUGUCAGCUCCUGCCUUUCUCUCCCAUCCCCAAUUCUCUGCUCUUCACUGUCUCCUCCCUCCUCCUGUCUUCCUCCCUUGGCCUGCAACGUCCCUCCGUUCUUUCUGCCCCACUCUCCUCGUGCCGUUCCUCCUCUGCUUGGAGUGCACUACCCCUCCCCUUGCCCUCAUGCCCCACCCCGAGCACACAGCAGCACACAGCAGCACACAGCAGCACACAGCAGCACACAGCAGCACAUCACCCUCAUCACCCUCAUCACCCUCAUCACCCUCAUCACCCUCAUCACCUUCUGCCUGCCCCUCCCUGCCGUCCCUCCCUGCCGUCCCUCCCUGCCGUCCCUCCCUGCCGUCCCUCCCUGCCGUCCCUCCCUGCACGCCCCUCCCUGCACGCCCCUCCCUGCACGCCCCUGCUCCCUGGUGGUGGCACGGCAUGUGCGCUCACCCCAUGGCAUGGCAGGUGCGCGGCUCAGAUGCUGACAGCCUGGCGCACACGAGGGAGGCACAGAGGGACAUCUGGACCAAUCAGAUGCCGCCACGUGGCUGCCAGGACAGGCGCCUGCUGGUUGCGCCUUGGCCCGAUGCCACUCGCUUCUCUCUCGCACGUCAGGUGCCUCUCCACCUGCCCUCAGAUGCCCCUCCACCUGCCCUCAGGUGCCCCUCCACCUGCCCUCAGCUGCACGGAAUGGUGGCGCUGCUCGCCCUCGCUAUGCUCCACAACAGAACCCUCGUGCCGCUUCCAGGAACCUUCCAGCCAGCCGACAACCAGGUGUGCAGAGAGUUCCAGCCAAUGGGCGGCAUGGGCAGCAAUGGCAGCAUGGGCGACUGGGACUGCUUCUUCUUCCCCAUCGCCUCCCCUCACUGCUCUGCUGACGUCAGCGCUGCCAUGGCAGCCAGUCGCAUGCCGCUAUGUCACCGCGACGCUUCUCAGUUUGAGCAGCUGGCCACGUCAGCAGAGAGGGUGGUGUGUCUGGAUGCGUCUGACGUGGACCAAUCCAGUAGUGCUGCUCUCUCAUUGGUGGAGGCCAGAGCAGCCAAGAUCUGGGGAGGGGCGCAUGUGGAGCAGCAGGCGCGCAGGGAGUAUCUGGGGGAGGUGCCACCUGCGGACGACCUGAAACUACAGGUGGGUGGGAGGUCGGAAGAGGUGCACUGGUCCCAGGCGAAGGGUACCCCUUCGCGUUUGCAUUAUUCUUCUUCUGUUUCCCCUUCUUCAGGUGCACUGGCGGCGGGUGCAAGGUGCACUGGUGGCCUGCGCAGGCAACAUGCCUCACUGCCUUUCAUAUUCUUCUGCCCCUUCCUAUCUCCCUUUCCCCCCCCCUGCCAGCUACACUGGUGGCGGGCGCAGGCGGUGCGCUUCAUGCUGAGGUGGCCAUCAGCCCAUCUCUGCCACGUCAUCAACCAACAGAGACACACCGCCUACGGCAUGCACGUGGCCAAUCGCAUCGCUUCCCUCCCAGCCACCUACGCCUCCAUCCUCCAAUCAGUAGCUGCCACCUCAGCAGGCCCAGCCGCCGCCCAGAACCUCUCCUUGUCAGCCGAAGCAUCAGAUCUUGCAACGCUGGAUCUGAUUCCAGAAUCAAAUUCUGAGGCACAGCCAAGGGCGAGCAGCAUGGGGGCUGGACUGGAGGCACGCGUGUGGGGAGCGAGGGGGUUCGACAGGUGCAGUGAGGCACAUGUGGGUGAGCUGGCAUGCCCAGGUGAGGCACAUGUGGGUGAGCUGGCAUGCCCAGGUGAGGCACAUGUGGGUGAGCUGGCAUGCCCAGGUGAGGCACAUGUGGGUGAGCUGGCAUGCCCAGGUGAGGCACAUGUGGGUGAGCUGGCAUGCCCAGGUGAGGCACAUGUGGGUGAGCUGGCAUGCCCAGGUGAGGCACAUGUGGGUGAGCUGGCAUGCCCAGGUGAGGCACAUGUGGGUGAGCUGGCAUGCCCAGGUGAGGCACAUGUGGGUCAGCUGGCAUGCCCAGGUGAGGCACAUGUGGGUGAGCUGGCAUGCCCAGGUGAGGCACAUGUGGGUGAGCUGGCAUGCCCAGGUGAGGCACAUGUGGGUGAGCUGGCAUGCCCAGGUGAGGCACAUGUGGGUGAGCUGGCAUGCCCAGGUGAGGCACAUGUGGGUGAGCUGGCAUGCCCAGGUGAGGCACAUGUGGGUGAGCUGGCAUGCCCAGGUGAGGCACAUGUGGGUGAGCUGGCAUGCCCAGGUGAGGCACAUGUGGGUGAGCUGGCAUGCCCAGGUGAGGCACAUGUGGGUGAGCUGGCAUGCCCAGGUGAGGCACAUGUGGGUGAGCUGGCAUGCCCAGGUGAGGCACAUGUGGGUGAGCUGGCAUGCCCAGGUGAGGCACAUGUGGGUCAGCUGGCAUGCCCAGGUGAGGCACAUGUGGGUCAGCUGGCAUGCCCAGGUGAGGCACAUGUGGGUGAGCUGGCAUGCCCAGGUGAGGCACAUGUGGGUGAGCUGGCAUGCCCAGGUGAGGCACAUGUGGGUGAGCUGGCAUGCCCAGGUGAGGCACAUGUGGGUGAGCUGGCAUGCCCAGGUGAGGCACAUGUGGGUGAGCUGGCAUGCCCAGGUGAGGCACAUGUGGGUGAGCUGGCAUGCCCAGGUGAGGCACAUGUGGGUGAGCUGGCAUGCCCAGGUGAGGCACAUGUGGGUGAGCUGGCAUGCCCAGGUGAGGCACAUGUGGGUGAGCUGGCAUGCCCAGGUGAGGCACAUGUGGGUCAGCUGGCAUGCCCAGGUGAGGCACAUGUGGGUGAGCUGGCAUGCCCAGGUGAGGCACAUGUGGGUGAGCUGGCAUGCCCAGGUGAGGCACAUGUGGGUGAGCUGGCAUGCCCAGGUGAGGCACAUGUGGGUGAGCUGGCAUGCCCAGGUGAGGCACAUGUGGGUGAGCUGGCAUGCCCAGGUGAGGCACAUGUGGGUGAGCUGGCAUGCCCAGGUGAGGCACAUGUGGGUGAGCUGGCAUGCCCAGGUGAGGCACAUGUGGGUGAGCUGGCAUGCCCAGGUGAGGCACAUGUGGGUGAGCUGGCAUGCCCAGGUGAGGCACAUGUGGGUGAGCUGGCACGCGCAGAUUUAACUUUUCACAUUGCUCUUCCCUUCCUUCCCAACCUUCCCCUUGCCUGCUCCCAUCUCCCCCCCUCCCAGCUGCCACCCCCCAACACCAUGCACGUGCCCGACUGGACCCUCUACAUGCCCUCGCCCUCGCCCCCACGCACCGGCCCCUCGCCAUCCACCCUGCGCCGCCUCCUCCAGCAGCAAGCAGCACCUGCCCCCGCUGCCAGCACUGCGGCACUCCCCCCCUCCCCUGCUGCUGAGAGCGCUGCAGGUGCUGUCGGGGCUGCUGCCCCUGUGGAUGGCACAGGCAGCACAGUGGGUGGUGGUGAGAGUGGUGGGAAUGAGGGUGCUGGGGGGGGGUUGGGGGGGGCAGUGGAGGCGGGAGGUGAUGGGUGGGGGGAGGGGGAUCGGUUGGCACGGCUGGUGGUGGCGGCGCAGUGCGAUGCAUUUGUGGGCGUGCAGGGGGAUGAGUGGGCUGCACUGCUGGAUGAGAUGAGGUCCACUGGGGGUGAGGCACAUGUGGGUGAGCUGGCAUGCCCAGGUGAGGCACAUGUGGGUGAGCUGGCAUGCCCAGGUGAGGCACAUGUGGGUGAGCUGGCAUGCCCAGGUGAGGCACAUGUGGGUGAGCUGGCAUGCCCAGGUGAGGCACAUGUGGGUGAGCUGGCAUGCCCAGGUGAGGCACAUGUGGGUGAGCUGGCACGCGCAGGGAACGAGAGGGGGUUGAGGGACGAGAUGGAAUGGAGGGGUGAAAUAGAGUGGAAGGACGAGCUGAAGAAAGCGCGGAAGGCGUUGGCGGAGGCAAGGCGGCGGGAGGAGGAGCUGGAAGGAGUGGUGCGGGAGGGCGAGAGGGCGAUGGUGGAGCUGGACGAGUGGAUUGGGCGCAAGGUGGACGCGAUGUCGUCAGUAGUUGCCAUGCUUCGAGAGGAUUGGCUCACGGAAGCGGUGAUGCCUCGGGCCGAGGGAGCUCGCAAGCGCGUGCGCAUGGCGGAUGGUUCUUGCGCGCAUCCGAUGAUGAUGAUGGAGCAUCUGGCGGCUCUGUGUGCCCAUGCGGAGGCCAUCCGCUCAAUGGUGCAGGCUGUGAGGAGGCUGGCAUUCGAAUUCGAGGGUCGGAAGGCUCAGGCGGAUAGAUUGAGAGAGGAGAACGAGGAGAUGAUGCAGAAGCAGUGGGAAGAGGAGAACGAGGCGGGGGAGGGGGAGGCGCAGGAAGAGGUGGUGAGGGACGAGGCGCAGGAAAUGAUAAAGGGAAUGGAUGAGACGAUGGGCGAUGGGCUUGAGGUUUCCGGGAAUGAGACUUGCAGGCGCGGGUUUGAGGGAGGGGCUGGGUUCACGCAAGUGGAAGGAGCAAGCGACGAGGCAGAGGAGAAUCACGAAAACGAAGCAGAGGGAGAGGAAGGGCGGGUGACAGGGUCAGCAGAUCACGUGGCAAUGCAAGAAGCAGAGCAAGGGGCAGACCAAGGAGCAAAGCAGGGGGUAGGGCAAGGAGCAGAGCAAGGGACAGGGCAAGGUGCAAAGCAGGGGGGAGGGCAAGAAGCAGAGCAGGGGACAGGGCAAGGUGCAAAGCAGGGGGGAGGGCAAGAAGCAGAGCAGGGGUCCACUGCAGGCACUCCUUUCCGCGGCCCACAAUGCCGGGAGCAAAGAAGCAGCGAGAGUGGAUUGAGGAGGAGCGGUUACAAUGAAUGUGGAGGGGAGGCACGCCCACAAGGGAGGAGGCGGAGGCUGGGUGGGGGGAGCAGGGGGAACCCAGGUGGAGGGGGCGCAUCAGUGGCCGGUUGGCAGGAAAGAGUUACCCGAGAGAUCGACUGGGUGGUUUUGCAGCUCUCCUCCCAGGACCCCACGGCUACAGAGCUCACUCUCUGUAACCUCUCCCUCGCCUUCUACCUCCACCUCACUCCCCUCUGCUACCCGCACUGCCUACCAUCCAUCACCACCCUCGACCUCCGCCGGGUCAACCAUGUCUCGCCUCUGGCCAUGAGGCACCUCCGCCGGGUCAACCAUGUCUCGCCUCUGGCCAUGAGGCACCUCCGCCGGGUCAACCAUGUCUCGCCUCUGGCCAUGAGGCACCUCCGCCGGGUCAACCAUGUCUCGCCUCUGGCCAUGAGGCACCUCCGCCGGGUCAACCAUGUCUCGCCUCUGGCCAUGAGGCACCUCCGCCGGGUCAACCAUGUCUCGCCUCUGGCCAUGAGGCACCUCCGCCGGGUCAACCAUGUCUCGCCUCUGGCCAUGAGGCACCUCCGCCGGGUCAACCAUGUCUCGCCUCUGGCCAUGAGGCACCUCCUCCGCCUGCCCUCCCUCACAGCCCUCCACUUCCACCAAACCUCCAUUCAUGCAGAUGCCCUGCCACUCUUGCAGUGCAUCCCUCGCCUCCACCGGCUCGUCAUAGCCUGUUUUGACCCCUUUGACCUGCUUCCCAACGUACCACCCAAGCGCCACGGCAGCCGGUCCCCUCUGUGUGAUACCAUCAGCAAUCUCCAGCCAUUUCAGCCGUUUCAGUGCUUGCGAGAGCUGCAUGUGAGCCGGGUGACUGACUCUAUUCUGCAGCAGGUGGGGAUGCUGACGAGCCUUGAGGCCUUCUCCUGCACGUGCAGAAAAGGGGUGAGUGCUAAGGGAUGGACCCACCUCAGGGGACUGGUGAACCUGAAGAGGCUGCAGGUGGCGCCGACAAUCAUCACCAAGGGUCCGGGAUCAAACGACCACCACUUCGGCAACCCCUUGCAGGGCCACCGCUUCGGGCCGAAGCUAGUUGGGCCGAAGCUAGACUUCUCCAGGUCUCGCUUGCCGGAGGUAAUCAGAACCUUCCACAAGCCUCUCAAGAAAGGGGCUGCGUGCGCAAGUGAGGAUUUUGGCAACCGCAUCGACGGGAGCAUAUGGGAGGUGGUGGGUGGCCUAGCGGGCCUGCAGCACCUGGAGGUGCACGCAGCAGAGCCCAGCACGACAGCACUGCGAUCCCUCUCCAACCUCAAGUGGCUCAAAUUCUUGACUCGCCUCUCCCUGCUCACCCACCUCAGCCUGGCUGCCUGCACGUUCGCAGCAGACCGGGCUGUGAGGUCGGUGGUCCAGGGCAUGACGCAGCUGAAGGCGCUGGACCUGUUGGGAGCGGCAAUCAGCCAAGGCGCUGCUGUUCACCUGCAAGCGCUUGAGCGGCUGGAGCGGUUGAAGCUGCAGCAGUGCAGCGGCAUGAGCAGGCUGUUGGUGCAGCACCUCAGCCGCAUUCCCUCGCUGCGGGAGUUGGACCUGGGCUGCAACAACAUCCAGCAUGCUUGGCUGCUGCCGAUUCUGGAAGGGAAGAAGGUGGCUCGCCUUGGGGUAAGUGGGUGCGGGUUUGUGGAACGAACCGUGCGUGGGAUUCAGCGGGCUUGGAUUGAGAUUGACUCCCGCUGA